AAUUCCGUCGAGAACAUUUAACUUGCAUAAUUGUCCAAGUUCUAGAUCAGAAGGCUCCCCAAAAGUAUAUCUGCAAUGAAAAUGCCAACCGGUCAGCAGUCGGCCUUCUUCACCGAGUAUUAUCUGAAGCUGAAGCAGGCGGGAGGCUCUACCAGCGAUGUCGAUAUAGCCAAGCUAGCUGCCUGUCGUAAUGAUGACGAGCGCGUGGCUUUCGUGGAUCAGCUGGAGUGGGUGCGGGCGUGCGACUCGGAGCUGCUGGUCAAGCGCGAAUUCACGGGAAAGAAUGCGAAUGUGGCUGCAGGGCUCAAGGAGCGCGCCACACAGGCUUUUAAGGCCAAGAAAUGGCUUGAGGCCAUGAUGCUGUAUAGCAGGAGCUAUGUGGCACUGCCCUCUGAGAACGUGGCUGAACGGGCCAUCGUCUUGGCCAAUCGGUCGGCCACUUUGUACCAUAUGGACAAGCACAAGGAGUGCCUAAUCGAUGUGAGACGCGCCAUAGAUCUUGGAUAUCCCAAGGACCUAAUCUAUAAAUUAUAUGAGCGACAGGCGCGAUGUUAUAUGGCACUCAAGGACUACCCGCACAGCGUCAGUAGCUUCAAGAAAUGUAUUACAGCUAUGGAUGACUGUGCCCUGCCGGCCGACAGGCGUUCCAAGCUCAGCCUAGAUGCCAUGACUAUGAUUAAGAUGCUGGAGGCCGAUCCGCGAACCACCAAGCAGGCGGCUCUGCAGAUGAAGAAGAAGAAUUUGUUUGACGAGCAGGCGCACGCCUUACCCGAGGAGAAGGAGUUCGUCAGUCCACUAAUACGCAUCGACCACAACGCACAGGAGGGUCGCUUCGCCCGUGCCGCUUCCGACGUCAAGGUGGGUCAGGAGCUGCUCAUCGAAAAGCCAUACGUGGCCGCUCUUCUAGAGAAAUACAGCAAGACUCACUGCGAGUAUUGCUUUGUGCGUACCGUCAUACCGGUCGCUUGUCCUAGUUGCGCCGAUGUCAUAUACUGCUCGGAGGAGUGUCAGCAACGUGCUGCUGCCAACUAUCACAGAUACGAGUGUGGCAUAGUGCCUGUGAUUUGGCGAUCUGGAGCUUCGAUCAACACCCACUUGGCGCUGCGCAUCUUUGCCAGCAAACCGUUGGAGUACUUCCUGCAGCUGAAGCCCAGCAUCGAUGAGAACUUGCCGCUGGAGCAGAUGCUAAGCUUGCCAAAGGAGGACUUCAGGCGCGUGGCGCACUUAGAGCGACACCAGGAUAAGCGAUCCCCAUCGAACUUCUUUCAGCAUGUGCUGAUGGCACGUUUCCUGAGCCGCUGUCUGCAGGAGGCGGGCUACUUUGGAAGCGAGCCCCAGCACGAUCAGGUGCUGUCCAUAACUGCAUUGCUUCUGCGCUGCUCGCAGUUCAUACAAUUCAACACCCACGAGGUGGCCGAGCUCCACAAAUAUAAUGGAGGGGCCAAUGAGAGGUCUGUUUUCAUUGGUGGCGCGAUUUACCCGACCCUGGCGCUCUUCAAUCAUUCCUGCGACCCAGGAGUUGUGAGAUACUUCCGCGGGAACACCAUUCACAUUAAUACUGUGCGACCCAUCGAGGCGGGUCUGCCCAUAAACGAGAACUACGGGCCCAUUUACACGCAGAAUGCACGCGACGAGCGACAGUCGAGACUGAAGGAGCUCUACUGGUUCGACUGUUGUUGCGACGCGUGUCUGGAAAACUGGCCCCUCUUCGACGACUUGCCCCGGGAUAUUAUUCGUUUCCGCUGCGAUGCCCCCAACAACUGCACGGCAGUCAUCGAGGUGCCCCCCACGUGCAACGACUUCAUGGUCAAGUGCGUGACCUGCGGGGAAAUCACGAACAUACUCAAGGGUCUCAAGGUCAUGCAGGACACGGAAAUCAUGACGCGUACAGCGAAGCGCUUGUACGAUCUGGAGAAGGACUAUCCCAAGGCAUUGAACAAGUUCGUGGACCUGGUUAGAAUUAUGUAUGAGGUGCUGGCACCGCCCUUCCCCGACUUCUGUGAGUGCCAGCAGCACUUGAAGGACUGCUUCUUGAACUUGGGCAACGUCUACAAUUUGGACUGAUGGAGGAUGUCUUUACUACAUGGCCCAAGAACUCAAACAUUUAUACAAGCUUACAUAUAAUCUUACUCUACUUGAUUGACAUAAAUAUUUAAAACCCGCAA